ACCCCUUAAGGAGAAGUGGAACCUGGCCUGGUGCUAAACGUGGAAGGAUGCAUCUUAUAUAAAAGCUAGUUGUGCCCGCAAAAUGCCACGGCCACUUCUCUCAGGCUGCUCACAUUCCCGAGGCCUGAAAGAGGAGGAAGAGGAAAUCCAGCCCUGUUAUCACCAUCACCACAUAUCACCUCCUCCAGUGGACCACCACAAGAGCUACGUCAGCUCUGGAGACAACCAGCUGAAAAAUUCAAACAAUCCAUCUGCGUUUUCCUUGAAAGGGCUGGCUAAAAAUAAGAGCCGUGGUGCGGCAAGACAGCACGAAGCCAAAAACAGAAAUAACCGAAGGAAAAUGGCCAGGCAGAACCUUGGGCUCGAAGACGUUGCUUUGUGUCCAGAACCGCUGGGCUUGAGCGUACAGUUUCAAGAGCCAUUGUACAAGGAGGAGGUUGUUGCUGACAAUUUGUUAGAGGACGAUGACGAUGACGAUUGGAGAGAAAGAUAUGACAAAGUCCAUCUGUCCAGAAUGGCUAAUCUAACCCCAUGUGACCCAUACAAUUACAACUCUGCUUGUCUUUCAGGGAUGGAAGCAUUUUCUUUAUGGCCAUUCAGUGAUAAUGACCCAUGUAUAGGGUGCCCUUCCCAUACCAAGGUGGCUGAAAGCUAUGCUGUCCGUGAAGAACCUAUAGAGGAAGUAGAGUAUGUGUCUCCGCAGCUGAGCUACCAAGAGCUUAGGGAGGAAAAUUCCAUGUUGAGGAGAAAAAUCAAGAGGAUCCAGAACUACUCAGAGAGUCAGACCCAGAUGGUGAGAAACCUUGAGAGGACGCUGCAAGCUGCUAUGAAUAAAGAGGAGAAAGAGGCUCAAGAUUUGGAAGUGUUGGUGCAACAAGCGGAACAAAAUCUCCAGUGCAUGACCCAAAGAGCUCUGAAGGCAGAGAAUGAUGUGGAGAAGAUGAAGCAGGAAAUGGCGCUUCUUCAGGCAGAGCUGACAUGCUACAAAGUGGAGAAUGAAAGCCUGAGAUCAGGCCAGUCCACCAACAUGGGGGCAGUGAAACAGCACGUUGAUGUUGCUUUGCAGAACCUCCUCCGGGUCACAAACCAUGCUCAUGCUACCAUCCACCAGCUGGUCUUUGGAGCUGAAACACUGGCCCUCGUUGCUGAUCUCCUUAAAUCUGUAGGCAGAAUGUCUGAGGUUGAGAAGGAAGAUGAAGAGAAAAAACUGACUUAGAGGACUCUCUUGCCUGCAAGUGUAAUGCUCCUGUAGUGCCAUUGAGGCUUACAUCAUUUGCUCUCAUAAUGCAUGGUUUCAAAUAAGCAACUUUUCUCUUUCCCCCAGAAGUACU